GGGGGGGGGGGGGGCGGUCAUGUGACCCGGUGACAGCCCAGUCGGGUGCUCGCCCGCGGGUAUAUAAGCAGCGGCCGGCCGGCGGGCGUCAUACGAUCACGAUGCGUCUCUCCACCGCGCUGCUGGUGUGCGUGUGCCUGGCAGCCCUUCUGCUGGCCGCAGAGGGCCGGCCGCAGCGUCCCGGCGGGCGGCGGGCCAAGCGCCUUCGGCCGGCCCGGCAGCAGGGCGGCGCCGGUAGUUCCUCUGAGGAGGACAGCGCGGGCUCCUCAGAGGAGCAGGGAGACGCUGCAGACGCCCCGGCGUCGGCGCCGGCCGCGCCCGACACCGACACCGACGCCGACGCUCCGACCGACACGGACGCUCUGCCUCUGACGUCCGGGAAGCUGCGCCAGGGACGGCGCGGUCGGGGCCGCGGCGGGCCCAGGUCACAGCGCCGCGGCGGCGAGGAGACAGAUGGAGACGAUGACGAGGAGGGAGCUGAGCUGGACGACUCGGAGACACCGGCUCCUCGGCAGCGCGGCGGGCAGAGGCGCGGCGGGCGGGGACGGCGCGGCGGCGGCGGGCGCAGGCGCAGCGGUGGUGGGCGCAGGAGGCCGCGUCCACCGGUGUCGACCCCGAUACCGGGUGACGAUACCGACGGCACCACCCAGCCGGAGACCGAAGUAGAGUUGCCGUAGACGGCGGGGCAGCGACCACGUACAGCGACACCACCACAGCUGCUGAGACGUUUAGAAUCUGUCUGUGUUGUACUAGCGCGGUGGCUGUAGCACUUUGAGCCUUUGAUAAAUGCGCAAUGGAACAGAGUCACAGAACAGAGUCAGAGAACAGGUAGUCACUGUGACUUUCGUGGAUGGCGGAUGACUGGGACAGUCUCUCAGUGCCUGUAACUGUUCUGUUCGUCAUUGAAUGUACGCUGUCGUCUUCGUGAACAUGUGAUAAGAGUUUUUGCACUCUGCCUCAUUCGUUAGACUUAGGAUUGAUCGACGCCAGAGUCUGACACCAUUCCAUUUUAGUUUAUUUUCUGUUGUAGUUUGUUUCUGUUGCAUCCGAGCUAGUAGUCCAAAAAUGUUCAUUUUGUGAUAAAUGUUUUUUUUUCGCCAAAAACUAGUGACAAGCGCUCUUUGCUUGGAACGUAUGGCCUCUUAUCUGUACUGUCAUGUGGUUUACGAGAUGCGUCCCCUAAACUGUGAUCGACUUGCACAAAACACGGAGAAAUAAACGACAAAAACAUGCUCA